AUGAUAAUGCAAAAGGAAAGAAGCAAGUUGGCGGCUCUACAUACAAACCAGGAUGAUCACUUGAAAUGGGAGCUGACCUGUUUUGAUCAGGUGAAACGUGCAAAAUCUGUUCAUGCUAAUCCACUAGGCAGGCAGAGGAGCAGGAUGAGCAUGUCUGGAGCACCAGUGGUUGUGGUYAGCCCUGUACAGCUGGUGUGUGGCUGGCAACAACCUCUUGCUGUUGAUGGCUGGGAAGCAUACUACUGCUGUCGGAUGAACAGCAGUAGUAGGGCUUCUGUAGGAGGGAGUGAAGCAACAAAGUCAGAAGACGCCUUUAUGCUGCUUCAAGAAACUCAAGAAUCUGUUAGGCUUUCAUUUUUGAACUGUUUGCUUGAUUUUGCUGGUCAUCUGGAGCAGAUUGGAAGCAAGCUCAGUCAGAAUAGAUCAUAUAAAGAAAGCCCAUCCUUCCAAAAUGGAUAUCCUCUUGAUCUAGAAGAAAAUUCAUUUGAUCCUCUCCCUGGAAGUAUAACUCAUCCACACCAACAGCUGUUGAUGGUCUUGAGUAACCUUGGAUUUUGCAAGGAUGAUCUUUCUCAUGAAAUGCAAACACAUCUGGAUGCAGUCCAGGGUGAAAGAUGAUGAGGACAAUGAUAUGGAAGAUUUGGUUAGGUCUUUCUCUGGGCUUGAAGAGAAAGUCCUUGCACAAUAUACKAUUGCWAAGGUGUAGAACAAGAUCUGUAACUCAAUUCACUUGCAAGUUUUUCCUUUCACAGGAUUAUGCAAAUAAUCUCAUCAAACAUGUGCCUAACCUUUCUUGUUUCUGAUAGUUAUCAAUUAAUCUUGAUGUUAUUAGCUGUUUUGA